AUGAGUAUAGGUUGGAGUGAUGUUUAUGAAGCAUGGAAAGCACAUUAUGAUAGAUUUGAUGAAACUGUUAGAAAAGCUUUUAAUCACUUUUAUAAUCCUCAACUCUUUUUUGGUCCUAAAUCGGCUACAGUGGGCAUGCCAUUAAGUGUUGCAUCUGCAUUAACAGGUCGAUACGAAGUCGUAAUGUCUCUUAACAUCUGUGAGCAGCUUUUAAAGUUUAUUACGCAAAGUAUUCCUCAGGUACCACCACCUUCGUUAAGUGAUUUAACACCCGUACUUUAUGAGAUCUCUGAAAGAUUCAACGCUACAGAACCUAAUGUAUUUUUAAAGUAUCAACAAAAAGUGAAAAGGAAGAAUAAACAACGUGAAAAAUUACGUAUGGCAAAAAGAGAAUUAGAACUUGCUAAACGACUUUUAAAUGGGGAUCAAUACGUUUUUAUCAGUUUAGAUAUAGAAGCUUAUGAAUCAGAUCAUUCCAUCUUACUAGAGAUAGGCUGGUCUAUGUAUGACGCCAAGAAUAAAAAAUUAAUGGACCAGCAUUAUGUGAAUAGCAAUUAUCGACAUCUUAAAAACGGAAAAUUUGUGGCUGACCAGAAGGAGAAGUUUCUAUUCGGUACAUCUGUAUGGUGUACUAUGAAACAAGCUUUAAUAGAGUUAAGAAAGGAUUUAGACUGGGCUGUACAACGUGAUGGAGGCUUUAUCCUUGUUGGCCAUGGUCUUGAUAGUGACCUCAAAUAUUUACAUAAAGAAGGAUUUCAUUGGCCAACAGCGGAUGGUAGUGGUGAGACACUAAACAUUGAAGAAUCUGCAAAGAUUGCCAUUUUAAAUACAGAUACAAUCUAUGCUGCCUCUAUUAAUAAUCUUCAUAAUCCCCCCUCUCUAGGAAAGACACUUGACUUGUUACAUAUUGAAACUUGGAAUCUUCAUAAUGCUGGUAAUGAUGCCCAUUAUACGCUUCUUUUGUUAAUGAUGCUUGUCGGCGAUAAGUCAAAUUUUUCCUAA